UCUGUUUGCUUCCCGCGUCAACGUUCCAUAAUCUUUCGGCUAGCUAGCUCACUGGCUCUAGAAACGUGCGCCGAUAGAUCAUUUCGCGUGGAAUCGUUCUCGAGCCAAGGGGUUAAACCGCUGGAUGGAGUGUCUUUUUUACCGGCCCACUAAUCUAAUCCAUUUCAAUCAUUUGCGGACCGUGAUAAAAGAUAGACAUUUAUCAGAUUAUCCUUGGGGCGUUUUGUUUUUGUUGGCCCAUUUUCGUGCGGUCCCGUGAAAUCGGAGGGUGUUGAACGUGUUUUGUGUAUUUUUUUUUCGGUUAGAGAAAAUUUCGUUUGCGUUGUUGGUUUUCCCGGCCCAACUCGAUGCUGAACGUUGUUUGCGUUCUUGACGGAUUUUUUGGUCCUUGGUUUCAAUCAAGUUAGGCGGUUCAUCUUUGGUGCAAUUUGUUGAACUGAACCGAGCACAGUUUUCGCCGAGCUGUGGGAUUUUCGCAUUGAACGUGAUUUUCUGACGGGAAAAAGGAUCGUGGAUUCCGGUUGUGGCUACGACGUGGAAUUCGAGUGAGGCAAGAAGCAAAAUUGAAUGUAAAAAUGAAAUUAUGGUAGCACAGUUGCUGCUGUAGAAUCAGAAAACUGUUUGGUACGAACUUUUUUGUUGCAAGAAUUUCGAUUGUUUUUUUCGGUGUAAUCAGACAUCGGCAAACUUGUUGCUGACUGUUUUCAAAGUUUAAAGAGUGAACUAAAGCUCGCUGAAGCUUUUUUGUUACCCAAGGACAAGACACUUCUGUUUGUGAUUAGUUAUCGAGCGUUCGACACGAAACAAAAAAUGACAAGUUCCAGUAAAAGAAGUUCCAGCUCUGUGCCACUUCUGUCGGUUGCCCUGCUACUCAUUAUCCUUGUUCAGCUGGUAUCGAGCCAGGCGCAGUCCUCGAGCCCUGAAGUCCGAGCCCGGAGCCACAAAGCCAUGAGGAUUAAAAAUGAAGUGAUAAGCAGCAACAGCACAGCCACCAGUAGUAGUGACCUCAUUAAGGAGGGCGCUAAAGAUACUACUAUCCAUUAUUCGGAUAAUGAUGGCGAUACCAACUAUGCGAGUAAUGAUGAACCGGCAACUGCAAAUGACAACGAUGGCCAAACGCCCCCGGAAAUAACGAGCCCAAACUACUAUGUGCACUUUGUGGCCACCACACCGAAGAUAGAAAAGUCCAACGAAACGCUCAGCAGAUACGAGCAAGGUCUGGAAGACUACGAGGAAGCUGCCCAACGGGUCGAGCUGGAGGAGCAACAGAAACUGGAACAGCAAGAGCAACAGCUCCAGCAGCAGCAAUCGUCGACUCAGUUCGGGAGUGUUGUGCAGCCAUUCCUGCGGCUGUUUAACGUCCUGAGCGGUGCCCUAUCGUCCAGUCGGGCUGUUCGAAUGGUCGGGCCGGAUCCGAGCUGGGCUCUGUCCGCAUUCGGGCUAAACCGGAAACGGAAGGGAGACGAUGGGAAUUAUGCCCUCAAAGAUAAGAACGUUUUCCGACGAAGAUCAACAGGCAACGGCGCAGAUGAUGAUGAUGAUGACGAUACGACGACCGAUGCCAGUAGUGGAGACAACGACUCGGAUAAUCUUAACGCCGAGCAGCAUUCGACCGCCAUGGUGCCAGCAGCUGUCGAGCAGGGCAGAUAUAUCAAGGGUGACCCGUUGAAUGGAUAUUACGAUUUCGUAAUCUCGGAAGGAUCGUACAAAUUUUGGGCCGUUUUCCAGGUGGCAACAGCCCUUCUCAUCAUCUAUUCCACCUUCGCUGCCAUCUAUUACUCGAAAGUGAGUCCCUUGACAUCGGACUACGACUACAUCGACUAUCUGAAUGGCGGCCGUUCCUUUGCCGGGGGACGAGCUAUGGACCAAGCCAGGACUGCCAGCACAUCGACUUCGACGACCAACGCCUGGGAUGGGCUUCUGAACAAACCGUGGUUCAACUUUGCCGCCCAGAGUUUCGCUUUUGUGAUGGAUGCCAUCGAAAAGGCGCCCAAAUAGCUUGUGGAUGGGGUUUCUGGAAACAACAACAGCUGCCACUUGAGGACUGGAUCCUGAUGCCAUAAAAUGUUGCCACUCUACUGUGCUACCCACAAUUCUGGAAGCUGAAUGACAAAUUUUCAUGAAACAUUUGACCCAAAGGGGGUUGCUUGUAAGUUAUUGGAAGAGAAUUGGUAUUCGAAUGUUUCAUUUUAAUUUUUUUGUCCUACGUAUUUGAAUAAGAAAUUGUGUUUCACCGAAGUAAAAUGAGAAAAUUUUCUGUCGAACCAUGAUGAAA